AUGUAUCGGAAGUUGUCUAAGUUAGAACACUCGGAAAUAAAACAACUUCUUACAGAAGCUAACAUAGAUGUUGCAAAGCAUUACGCGACAAACAAAAAAGCACUCGCUGACAUCCUCAAUGACUAUAAUGGUGCAAUAAGUUAUGAUAGAAUUCAUGAGUUCAUAAAGCCGCAACGCGGCGAGGACGAAGUCCAUGCAAGAGCAUUUCCUUUAAAUGACGUUGCUAUUGACUUAUAUCAUAGACGUUCAGUACCUCAUGAAGUAAGAAGAGAAAUGUUUGACAUAACAAAUGCAAACGUUGGUGAAACAAGAAGAAGAGACGACACACUGAAACAACAGAGAAGAGAGAUGUUUAAGAGCGCUAUAGAACAAGUUCGCAAAGCUAACGAUGUCCUUCGUUCCAUUGACGACAAACCAAAAGAAGGUGAGAGAUGUUAA